CGGCCUCCAUCCUCCGUCCGCAGCGCGUCUCGGCGGGGGGGAAGCGGGUGAGGUUCGACGCGGUGACGGUGUAUUACUUCCCGCGGCGGCAGGGCUUCACCAGCGUCCCCAGCCAGGGGGGCAGCUCUCUGGGCAUGGCCAGGCACCACUCCUCCAUCAGGAGCUUCACCCUGGGGGAGUUCUCCAGAGAGAGAGAGAGCAAACACCGCCUCACCCUGCAGCAGCACCUCCGCCUCGAGAAGCUGCAGCAGCGCAAGAUGAAGCUGACGAGGAACGGCACGGUGCAGUGCGCUCAGGCCGACCUCCUGACGCUGGAGGACGUGUCGGACGAGGACCUGGACGUGGACGGCGUGGAGGUGGACGACUGCUUCUUCCUGCAGCCGCUGCCCACCAAGCGGCGCCGCGCCCUGCUGAGGGCGUCCGGCGUCGCUCGCAUCGACGCCCGAGAGAAGGCCGAGCUGAGGAACAUCCGCCUCUCCAGGGAGGAGUGCGGCUGCGACUGCCGGCUGUACUGCGACCCGAAACACUGCGGCUGCAGCCAGGCCGGCAUCAAGUGCCAG